ACCCCGGAAAGACAGACGGAUAAGUUACAAUGUAGUUUAUACAACGGUCUAUGAGUUUAUGCAGCGUUUUGAAACAACUUUAAAUUGGUGUUUUAGUUUUUACGUUAUUUUCUUUUAACUACUGCGCGUAUUCCAGUCAACAGUCAUUUCAGUUUGCUCGGUUGGUCAGCUAGCUAAAUAACUAACGUUUCCGUUAGUUGUGUUGACACAACAGGAAGGAUUGAUGUUAGCAGUGUCGGUCAAAUUUACGGACUAUCGUUAGCUAACGUUAAACGGUUAGUUUGCUAAUGCCUGCUGUCCCACCACCAAGGCCAGGAGCAAUGCUAGUAUCUGCUGUUAUAAUUCGUUUUUCCCUCAUCCCGGAGAUUAUUUAGCUUUGGUUUCUGUUUAGCUCGUUUUCAGUUUUGCCACGAGCGACAUUUUCUGUGGCUAGCUGAGCUAAGUUAUCGUUCAGAUAGGGGGAAACGCUAACCUACGUCGUGGUGAAAACUGGCUCAGCUUUAGCACUUCAAAGUUCAUGUUUCCUGUUAUAUUGAAUUAGCUGUGGGAUAACCCAGUUGCUAUGGUGUCUGCGAUACCGCUGCACCUGCCAAGUUGAACGACAUACAGUGAGACCCCUGGUCCAGCAUGAAGGCCCUCGGAUCCAGAGUCUCCUUCUGUGCGGGUUUCGCGGUGGGAACCUUCACACUGUACGUGUUUCUGCGGCAAACGUGGUUUGAGAGGACAUUGUCAGCACAGCAGGCCAGCAGCUUUGAUAAAGUCCAUGACUACCAGCAGCAGCUUGAGGAAGAGAAGACAAUAUGGAAGAAGGAGAGGUCUGCUCUUUUCAACCUGAAGCACCCUCAUCAUAUAGGUGAGGAUAGCGGCAUGGCUGACGAACUCUACAAAAAGGUGCGUAUUCUUUGCUGGGUGAUGACUGGACCCAACAACCUGGAGAAGAAGGCUCGGCAUGUAAAGUCCACGUGGAGUCGCCACUGCAAUGUUGUGGUCUUCAUGAGCUCUGUGGAUGACCCUGACUUCCCUACGGUGGGCUUAGGUACAAAGGAGGGUCGGGACCAGCUGUACUGGAAAACGAUCCGGGCCUUCCAUUAUGCCUACGAACAUCAUGGCAAUGAGGCGGAUUGGUUUCUCAAGGCAGAUGACGACACCUACGUAAUCGUAGACAACCUACGCUGGGUUCUUUCGAAUCACACGCCGGACGAGCCAAUUUAUUUUGGCCGAAGAUUCAAGCCCUACACCAAGCAGGGCUACAUGAGUGGCGGUGCGGGCUAUGUGUUGAGCAAAGAGGCUCUGCGGCGAUUUGUAGAGGGAUUUAAAAACAAACUUUGCACUCACACAACCUCUGUAGAGGACCUGGCAAUGGGGCAGUGCAUGGAGAAAGUUGGGGUGCUGGCAGGGGACUCCAGAGACACUGUGCACAGGGAGACAUUUCACCCAUUUAUCCCCGAGCAGCACCUUACUGCAAAGUUUCCCAAGAGCUUCUGGUAUUGGAGCUACUGCUACUACCCCAUCUCAGAGGGUCCAAACUGCUGCUCGGACGUGUCUGUGUCAUUCCACUAUGUAGACGCUUCACACAUGUAUUUAAUGGAGUACUACACGUAUCACCUACGUGCCUUUGGCUACAGAUACCGUUACCAGCCACCAACCCCCCUGGGUUACAAUAUUGAGCAGUCAAGUUCCAGCGAUGCCGCGAAAGGAAAAAAAGAGCUGACCUCUAAGGAGAGAGGGCAAGUCGAGGGGAAUGAUCCGUCCAGGACUGACAAGAGACAGGAUGCAGAUCCCCCACCUGCUGCUCCAGCUGGAAAAUAACAGUAUGACUUUGUGGGUGCAUGAAGGGACAGGAUCUCAUUAGGUAGGCGGUAUGUGUAUUAUAUGUGUUUGCUUAAUAAUUCUGAUAAUCUUUGCUUGCUUUGCCCACUUUGAUUCAAAAUGUCCCCACAUACAAGCGUGUUGCUGAAGGACUGUUACUAAUGUGAAAUGUGACUGCCAGACUGAUCUUAAGGGAAAGAGAAAGAAUGUUACCCUUGUUUUUACAACCGAACGUCUUCUUUAGAAGUCAGAAAAAGCUUUCUGUGGGCUGCGUUCAUUUGUAAACUAACUAAAGCACCUUCUUAAUCCAUAUGGACCUGUUAUGGGAAAGUAUUUUCCAGAGAAAAGUUAAAUAAGAUUUUGCCAAUGUUUUAUCCUUUUCAUGACUAUUGCAAACCCACCAAAACACCCUGAUCUAUUACUCCCUACAGUGAGGUAGUUCUUUGUUUGCUGGAGUUGUUUGACUACAUUCCACACAAACUAUAGGCCUUGGAAAAUGUUUAAGGGUGAAAUCCCCUUGUACAUUCAAUCAACCCCUCGUUUGUCUAUAGGUGACAUAGGUAUUUCUUUAGAGCAUAUCACAGUUUUCUGCAUCCCAAACUUGUUUCAGGCUGCAUUCAAAAGCAUUUUCACGAUACAGGCAAGUGUAAAGUUCCGUGUCGUGUCGGACUGAAUCUCUUUUUAUUUGGUUGUAUUCUGUGGUAGCUCUAAGAAGAUUGAAUUCCUGUAAAGACAGUCUCUCAAAUAUUAAUAGUAAGGGCUGCAACUUAACUAUUCUUUUUAUUAGUGAAAAAAGCCUGUUAUAAUUUCCUAGUCUUCAAACAGUUUGCUUUUCCGACCAACAGUCAAAAAACAUAAAAAUGAUCAAUUAAGACAAAGAGAAGCAACAAAUUCGCUCGAGAGAAGCUGGACCUACGUAAUGUUUGAAUUAUUGAAAAAAGACAAUUUAUGGAUCAUCAAAAUAUUUGCCAGUCAAUUUUGUCGUAAUGAACAUAGUCAUGGAAGUGAAGGCAAUUUAAGCUGUGAUCUUGCAGCCUUAAUUAAAUGUUAAUACGAUGGGAAAAGACAACUACAUCACACGCAUUCAUGUUUCCCUGUGGCUAAUAGACUUAAACUGAUGUGACCAUGAUGCUUUAAAUGAAUCGUUCAAAAGACUAAAUUUAUACAGUCCAGCCAAAGAUUUCCAUGAAGGACGUGACUGAUGUCACAUCCGUCACUGAUAAAUGGACAAGCCAAUAUUUGUGGUCUGGGUGCUUCUCAUUUUAUUUGUUUAGUUGGUGUGUAUGUUGAGUUAACUGAAAACUUUCAGGAUGUUUGUCUGCAGCUUUGUGUUAGUUUUAUCUGGAAUAUGUGUUUUGUGGUUUGACCUUCAGCCAGACAAGGAAAGCAGUUAGUCAGAUAUCUCUCUUUCUUAGGAAUGAAAUGCACGCUUCUUCUACCCGUGCUUCCUGGAACUGGCACUGGAUACACACACUUCACAGUUCCCCUCAUCUCUCCCGAAUGGACUCAUCAGCUUGUGCCUUUUGUAAAUUUGAGAUUGUAUGAGCCAUCAGCUGCACACAUGACUUUGCACUGUGACAUUACCAUGAUGAGAGUGAUGUUUUCAGAUGAAGUAUAAUUUUAUUGAAUCCUUCCAAUGUAAUAAGGAUGGCCUUUGGGCAUGCCAGCACAUGACUUGUUAAUCACAGUGUUUUUUUUGUUUUUUUUUUAAAUAAACAAUUUUAGUUUCUACAAUGUAUAAUUUUUUUAAUUGUGUGUGGGCCAGUCCUUUUGUUUUGUACAUUGUGUAUAUUUAAAAGUAUUAACAGUUCCUGUACUACUUUGAAACCAAACAAAAAAUAAUAAUUUUGUGGGUGAUGGUAAUUACCAAAUAGAGAAACUGGCUUCAGGAUUCCAUGAUGAUUCAGACUAAACCUAUUUGUCAUUUAUGUGAAAAUUGAAUACACGUUGAGUGUUAUAAUUGCUGUUUUUUUUAACCACUUAAACCUCCCACUCUCCAAGGUAAACCAUGGAGCUUUUUCACAGCAGACAUUUUGACUUGUCAUAGUAGGAAAAGCACAGCUGAAAUUGAUAACCUUAACGAUGGCUCAGUUCCAUCAAGUGUCCCAGUAAGUUAUUUCAGUGAGUCAGCAUGCACAAUACCAGGGCCUCUCCUAAGUGGAAUGCAGCCAUCAUUAAUGGUUUUGAAUACACCUGUGCUUUUCCUACUAUGACAUGUCAACAUGUCUAUGUAGGAGGUAACUAAUGCCUAUCAAAAUGCCUUUUGUACAUGUUUACACUCAGUUUCUUUCUGUACACGAGCACAGAGAAUGUUCAGUUUUUUUAUAUUAAAAUGGAAAAGUCCAGUUUAAACCAAAUCAGCAUGUUUUACAUAAUGGUUUCCUUUUGAAAUAAUUUAAAUAUGUAAAACAUUUUAGCAGCAAAGGGCUUCAGUGGAGAUUCUUACUAUCAGUCCUGCGGGCCCAAACACAGCUGAUAACCAUCACAUCUGGUUUCUGAUGCCAGUGAUACAACACAUCCAGUCCUCGACAAUCCACUCCAACAUUCAAAUUGUGUCUAAGGGAUAGGUGUACAGUGUGUACUGUUUUUAUAUCUGAAAUGUAUUUAUGUUGGUUUUGACAUCUAAAUUGAGGUGUUAUAUUUUAGUGUGUAAAUGAGUAUUGUGUGAGUUUGUGAGCAUACAUGAUCAAGUGUGCAGGGUUGUUUUCAGUGAAUGGUUUUUAAUCACUAUAAAUAAAUGCAUAUUUUAUUGUA